AUGCUGCCGGCGGAACGGAUUUCAACCCUCAGCUCGUUGACAGCGCCGCUCAUCCUCCAUCAUGGCGGCACGGCCGAAGCGAUAAAUGGUACAGAAGACUGGGGAGAUUCAACGACACCCAUCACUAUCUGCUCGUCGCCGGAGGAAUUCGUCUGCCACGUGCUUGGCACUGCACCACCCGACGGCAGUGGCAGCGGUAGUGCCAGCAGCUUCAGUACCACCAGCAGCAACGAAAACGGUGUGGCGCGGCCUACUCUGCGCGUCACACAGGACUGGACGUUCGCUGCGCCGCCAUUGCCCGACGGUGCAAUGGAAUGGGGUGCCAUGACGACCAACCGCCUCGACCACGUGCUGCAGACGUGGAGCCGGCUGACGGCGCACUUCGUCGCCCCUGAGGCACGCUCUGGCGUUGAGGUCAGCUUCUUCCCGACGCUGCUCCCCAGUUGCAUCGCGCCGUCGUGCGGCGGCUGCAGCGACAGCGCCUACCACGAGGUGCGUGCGCAUGUUCCUAUCCGCCUUCUCCACAAGACGCUGCCCGACACAGACGCCGCGACGCCGCCCGACACAUUGGCGGAAUUUGUCAGCUCGCGCCGCGUUUACGCGCGCCGCCUGCGCUCGCUUCUCCACGACGCUGUCAUCGCGUUCAUGUCCGGCACGCUGCACGCCGACCCCGUACCGACUGGCGACCGGGCGAUGCGGCUAGAAAUCUCAUCUACUUUCAUGGGCGACACGGUGGUGACGGCGAGUGACGACAACAGUUCGCUGGACUGCAGCUGCAUCUGCGGCAAGAUGAAUUCACAGAAAGCGAUGCACCAACUCCUAUCACCAUCGCUCGCAGCGGUGGCGCCGCCUACGCCCAUUGUACUCAGCGUUGGUGUGGCGGACCGCGGCGCCAGUGACGCGGAGGAGACAAACAUCACGUUGCUGCUGCAGGCGGUGGUGCGUGUCGGGCGCGACCACGGCGACGAGCGUCAGCAGUGGGAGCCGGAGACGCUUGCCUUCGAGGUGCUUACGUUCCUCUUCCCCGAGCGCUUUGCCGUGCAUGGCGCGACGUGCGUGGAGGUGGGUGAGGUGUGCUGCGGCCGUGUGUCAUCGUGGCGCCAGUUUACCGGCGCGGCUGUUGCAGCGGCGCGGCAGCAUGGACGUGACGCCAGGGGAUGGCUCCCACCACCAGCCAAACCCCUGCAACUGCCAACAGGCGCCAUCAAUACCACUGUCACCAUCGGGAAGACGCCAAAAAGAGUGUCACCAGAAGCAGAAGCAGCAUCAGCCAACUCGGGCGGUGUUAAGAAGCAGCAUGACCCCUACGGCGUGCUGACGUGGACCUCGGCUCACCGUGGGUCCCGUCCGAUGGAGGAUCGGCAACCCGAAAGCCUGGAGGAUACUCCCAGUGGCAGCGGCGGGCCUAGCAGUAAUGACAGUGGUGGCUUCCCACGGAACGCGGAGGAACGAAAUAACACGCUUUGUACAUCGGCGCAAGUGGAUAGUGGGACUGCAGCGGGUCCAACACCCAUGGGAACAACAACAAGAAAAACAACAGCGAUGACAGAAGCAAAGACGUUGGCAAUGCCAACAACAACAACAACAACAACAACAUCCGAAACAAAAGCAGAGGAAAGCGAGAUAGUACCGAUCCUUGAAAUGAAACAGAUGAUUCUGGCGCUGGUCGAAAGUCUCGCUGCCUACCGGCAUCAAAGUGUAGAGUUGAUGCAGACCCUUCAAACCCAGCUGGCCUCUCUGCCACUGCAGCGCAGUGUAGAGAAGGAAACAUCCGUGCGACGCAGAAAGGGGAGGUCUGCCAAGGGCAACAGCACCGCAGUUGAUGCAGAGGAAAUGCAUCUUAUCUACGUCCUGUUCAGUGUGCCUGCUGGCGAGGAGGAUGAUGUGGCUGCGCUGCAGCGCGCUCUGGCAAACAUACCCACUGGAAGCGGCAGUGAUAACACAUACGCCACAUUUGACGAUUGUGUCAGAGAUGCCGCAGAGAAUGUCCAGGAGCUGGAGCUUCGUCUGCGUGCGGCUGCAGUGGAAGUACAGUGCAUGCAGGCCGACAACAAAAAGACUCCCAGUGGCGGUGUCACCGCAAAGAACGCACGAAGAAAGAGGGGUGAUGUUUCUCUCUUCGUGGCUGCGGCAAAGGCUCUGCUGCAAGAACGCUGCCGGUCUAAUGGCACUGCGUCAAAAAUGACGGUCGGUGGUGGCUGCUGCGACGAGGACGACGGCUCUAGCAGUAGCAGCGGCAGUUGCGCCGCUGUUGUGCUGCGCUGCACCGCGUCUGGGCGCAUGGAGGUGCAGCGCAGCCUUGACGAUGCAUGCACGAAAUUACGGGCGGCAGUGGCGUGGGGCCAUCAUCGUGUCGCUGAGCUGCAGCUAAUGCAGGUGCUCUAUAGUGAGGUGCUACUGCCGUGUCUUCAGGCUCGUCUAGACGUCGGGAAAGAGGCGGAGAAGAUGCGUAUGCAGCUGCGGAUCGAUUUUGAGGUCUCUGCGGCGAUCCUACAGGAGGCACACGAUAGAGCGAACAAGGACGCACCGGUGGAAGAACUGGCGGCGGUGAGUAGGGUGAGUAGUGAAGUUACUGUUGCUGCAGCCCAUGAUAACGGCGGGGGCGAGGUUGCCGAUGCGGCGCUUGUGAGGCGGGGAAAAUGUGUUGCCAAAUCUCCGCGCAGAACGGCGGCCAUGGCAAAGCAUACGGUGGCUGUUCCUGAUACAGUGGAAGCAGUAGUAACAGAAACAACAACAACAGGGAGGAGACGACGCAGAGGAGGAGCCGCAGUGACCAACACCUCGUGCUUUGCUGCUGAUGCAUCACCACCGUCCCAAUCGCCUCCAGUACUGUUAGGACCGCAGACACAACAGCUGGCGUCAGCAGUAGCUCCUGCGCCAUUGAUAGCUGCAACGGCAACAACUAAAACAACGGUGGGCACGCCGUCGCGAAGUCGUAGGAGUUGUAGUGGUGGCGGAAACAAGAAGCGGUCGACAGCGGUGGUGAAGGGGUCUAGACAGGCGGCAACGCAAAAGUAUGAGGCGAUAUGGAGCAGCGCUGUCAUCACCUUCGUGUGCCUCUGUGUGCUGGGUGUGCUAGCCUACUACCUCACGUGA